AGGAUGGACGUCCGCCGGGGGGACCUCGUCCUCUUCCACCGAGCGCGGGGCUUCGGGAGGGACACACAUGGAGCGGUGAGGGAGGAAGGGGACACCCGCCUAGCCAGCCAGAUCAGCCGAAUAAACCCUAGCGAUCAAUGGGGUGACAGAUGUCGCAGCCAGAUCGCCCUCACAUCCAACGAAGAAAUGAACGGUGUGUCGAUUAUAUGUAGCGGAACAGGAAGACAAUGUACUGUCAUGGUGUCGGAUAUCGACGUGUCAGCCUUAGUGCGUAACUAGGGGUUAUAAAACAUAAACUACGUCGAUACGUUAAACUAUCUGUAAAAUUAUCGUACGAAAUAUAUCUGUAAAAUGAUCGAACGAGCGCACAGUUAGUAUUUUACCCAUGAUGUCUAGCGGCAAUAUGUUAAUGAGCCAUGUUUGUAUUGGCCACCACCAACCAAUCAUAGUCGUUAAAGGUUUUCCCCACCUUCUUUUUUUUUUCUUCCGACACUACCUUAUUAUAUAAGGACUAAACGUUACCUUUUACUGCUCACUUCACUCGACUUUCUCCACGGCAGCUGGAGCGGUGCGCACAGCUAUUUAACUACACACUGCCAAUACUAAAGCCAUGGCUGGAAAAGUUGUGCUGUACUACUUCAAUGGGAGAGGGAAAAUGGAGUCAAUCCGUUGGCUUUUGACUGUUGCAGGAGUUGAGUUUGAUGAGGUCUAUCUGACAACUCGUGAGCAGUAUGAAAAACUCCUGAGUGAUGGAGAUCUCAUGUUUCAACAGGUUCCUAUGGUGGAAAUGGAUGGCAUGAAGCUCAUUCAGACAAAAGCCAUUUUAAAUUACAUUGCAGAGAAGUACAAUCUUCAUGGAAAAGAUCUCAAAGACCGGGUCAUGAUCAACAUGUACUCGGAGGGAGUGAUUGACCUCAUGGAAAUGAUAAUGAUGUUGCCCUUCAGUGCAGAUAAAACUGCACAACUGGAGACCAUUCAAAGUAAAGCAAAAGGCCGCUAUCUACCUGUGUUCGAGAAGGCACUGUCUGGGCCCAUUUACCUGGUGGGAGGUAGAAUAAGCUGUGCAGAUGUGCAGCUGCUUGAAUGCACCCUGAUGCUGGAGGAGUUAUUCGCUGGAAUCCUCGCAGAGUUUUCCAACAUCAAGUCUUUCCAGGGCAGAAUGACCAGGAUUCCUGCCAUUGGCACGUUCCUGCAGCCCGGAAGCCAGAGGAAGCCGCGGCCAGACGAAAUCUAUGCGAAUACCGUCAAGGAGGUGUUCAACUUCAAACUACCAUUGAAAUAAAUGUUGCACCUUCCUCACACAGGCAGUGUGAAUGAUUCAUUAAAGACAUACAGAUUCAUUAUUUGCUUGUUUAUGUUGAAUACUGCUAAUCCAUUGCAAAUCUAAUUAACUGAAAUCUGUUUUUUCUUAAUGACGAGUGAAGUCUACUGUGAAGUCUACUAAAUAAAUGGUUAAUUUUC